AGUGACGUGUGGUUCGCGCAUGCGGGGUAAGCGGUGCAACCGAUUUGCUCCCGCACAAAGAAAAUACAGCGACAGCGAAAACCUACACUGGCUCUGCUCCAUUUCAAAGCUGGCGUACGCCGGAAGGGCGGGAGGCCUUUCUGUUGACGGAAAUACCGAACCGAAACCCGAACGGUGGGAAACCACCCGAACCCGCCGGAAAGCUCGGCCCGAAGGCGGCUGUUGAGGGUUGACAUUCUCAGCAUGAGUGUUAGCGGGAAAGCAUCUUGUUAGACCAGAUACCUUAGAAGCAUUUCAAAGAUUGAACAGUUUGACCGUAAAGGGAAAAUGUCCAGCAGAGAAAUGAGCAAACGGAAAAGCGACAACAAAUCAACAUCGAACAACAGCAAAUUAUCAAUGAUGAGCCUGAAAAAUCUGAAGAAUUUGUUUCAGAAGCAGACGACGAAAGAGGAACGCGUUGAACAAAAAAGACAAGACGUUGUCAACCUUUGUAAAACCAUAGAGAGUCUCCAAGAAGAAUGCAACUCUCUACAGGCUAUCCUUCAGCCGUUAGAUGAGCUGACUCAAAGAAAGAAAAUCGUCAAACUGCAGAAACGAGUUCUGAAAAGGAAAAAAGCUGCCCAGCUCAUUGAACUGAAUAAACUUCAGAAGAAAGUAGCUCUCCAGCAAGAACUGGAGCUCUAUCACCUGAAGAAGUCUGCUCAGUGUCGGCAGUUAGAGCGGGAAACUUCAGGUCUCCAGCAUCAAAUUGGAAUGCUGCGAUUGCAGAUUCUAGAAACACAGGAUACGGAAAAUAUUCUUCCUGCAAUGAUGAAAAGAAAACAGCGGUUUGCAGAUCUGAAAGAAGACUUAGAAGAUGAGCUUAGAUAUUUAAGAGAGGAGAGGGCCAAAGCAGAAGAGCAGUUUGCUGAGCAUCCAGAAAAGCAUCAGCUGGAUCUCCUGAUAGAGGAAACCAACAACCUCCAGAAGACAAAGGAGGCUUUGACAAAGUCUCUCAAACGCCUUCAAGAUCUGGGUUCUGACUCUGACAAAGUCCAAGCAGUAAUCCAGAAGAAGAAGAAGAAAAACAAAAAUCUGUCACGGGAGGUUCAAGAACUGCAGCAGGAAAUCAAACUUUUGAGUACAGAACAAGAAAGACUUGAUUCUCUGAAAGCAGAAAACAUCGCAGCACAAGGAGAAACCCUUCUCCUUAAGAAGAACAUGACUGCUUUAAGACGGCAAGUCCUGAAACUGCAGGAGCUCACCGCAGCAUCUAAACAGGAAGUUGAAAACUUGGAAAAACAUCUUCCGGAACAAAACCAAAUAAAGGAAGACUUUUCCAAACUGUUGGAGGAGAAAUGUGGCUUGGAGAAACUCCACCAAGGUCUGGAGAGUCAAAUUUCCGAUUUGAAGGUCCAGAACACGAAUGCGAAAAAGCAAUUAGAGCAAAAAAUUGAUUGCUCCAAUUUGUUGAAGGUGAAAGUAAAAGAGGCUUGGACAGAAUCUUCCCAAAAUCACAAAGUCUGUGAAUCUGAAUGGCUGAAAGUCAGAGCAGAAACACACAAAACUGUGGAGACAAACUCAGAUCUCUUCCUGGAAGUUAUAGAACUGGAAGAUGAGAUCGAAGGUCUCGGGGAUGUUCAAGAGAGUUUCGAUAUUUUAGAAGAGGAAAACUUUGCUGCAAAGAACGACAAUGACUCUCUUCAAGCCAAAGUCCUGAAACAUCAAGUCAAGAAUCUGCAGCAGGAAACAGCGGCUUCUAGCCAGGAGCUUGAAGACCUGCAGAAACACCUUCAGAAAAAAGACCACCUCAAGAUUUCCACAUUGAUGGAGGAAAAAUCCUUUUUCCAGAAAACCAAGAAGGAUCUUGAAAAUGAAAUUUUAGAUCUAAAGCUUCAGGAGAAAAAAGCAGAAGAGGGUCUCGCCAUGUAUAACAAAGCAAAAGCAGAAUUCGAUUUACUGAAGGAGGAAACAACCAACCUUCAGAAAAUAAAGGUGGCUUUAACAGAGUCGGUCCAGAACCUAAAGAACGUGGACUUAGCGUAUCAAAAUGUAAAAGAAGAGACCAAGAAAAAGAGGGAAAGUACUUUGAUUCUCUACGGGGAAGUUGAAAAACUGCAGGAAGAGCUCAGUACUUUAGACAAUAAGAAAAUACUUUUGGCUGCAAAAGAAAAACAUUCUGCUGCCAAUAAUGAAAAUAAGUUUCUGGAGCAGGAAAGGGAAAGUUUAAGAGAGCAUGUCACCAGAUUUAAGCAGCAAAAUUUAGCUUUUACUAGGGAGUUUGAUGGUUUUAGAAGCAAGAACAAUCAAAGAAGGCAUUACGCACCAUAAAGGAACUUAUUUCUUGUUUACUUUUUACUUUUUGUUUUAACCUUGUUUUUUUAUUCUUUAAACAAAUGUCCGGGGACCAUGUUAUGAUAUGACAUACCACUGUAUCGUACUUUAGUCGUUAGUAUUGUAUUAGAAUGAACUGACCUUGCGGCCAGACACAGACUGUCUCCGGGGGAAAUGGGCAAACCUGUACAGUGCAAUCAACCAACAUGCACUUAUCAUGUAACGUUAAUACAAAUGGGGUUCGCCCAUUUUCGCCCACAGUCUUGUCUAGCAUUACAAAAAAAAACAAAAAAACAAAAA